AUGGAUUUAGUUUUUUUUAAAUAUACAAGAAUACAACUUGACUGUGUUGAAAUUGACUUGGUAAAAUACCAUCAAGAUCUCGCCUUAACUCUCACAGAUCGUGUAAAACUAGCAUCCCAUCAGGCUUUGAGAGUGAAAAGAAAUAGAGACUGCACUUGUAUUUGUGCACAUACCUGUGCACAUAUGAAAGAAGUUGUAAUUUUUAACUCUUUACAUAUUUUUGUGAUUUUUGAUCUACUUUUAGAUGACUCUGGGACGAAAAUACCAGAAUUCUUCCGGAUAUCUCUCUCCGAUAUGAUCGAGCCACCGGACUACGAGGAGGUAUGCGACAGGCUGAUGGGGGAGCGGGACCCCCUCGCCUACCCCGCCAACGAUAUCGAGCUGCUGACCGUCCCGCGGCGCAUUAGAACCUUGACCCAUGUGCUUCCUGACGAAGACCUAUCCAAAGCACCAAUGUUCGUCCGCGACUGCAUAGCCUGCUACACGUCAGACUACACGGUGGUGGAGUACAAAUACCGUAUGUACUCGGGCUCGGCGAACGGGCGCGAGAAGCUCGCCGAGCGGCUCGACAAACUGCUGGCCGCGCCGCCACAACAGUAUGAAAUAGAUGCAGAAAAUUCCACUUCUAUGGAAGAGUUGGCUUCACAGCAGUUCGAAUCUCAGCCUUCAAGUGGGCGUCAGUCGGUAGCCUCGAUAUCCUCAUCCUCAUCAUGCAACGAGACCCUCACGCCACGAGGGUCAUGGGCCAGCCUCGAUCUUAGAAGCUCUUCCUCAGAUCCUUUGUUACCUGAUGUGUUUGAGAAGAAACCUCCGGAACAAGUGGAUGCCAUUAAUGAAGCUAAAAGACUGGAGAAUCGUCAAAGUGAUCUUCUGGGAUUGUAUGCGCCAUAUCUCGAUGAAGACGAAGCGGUGGAGAGGAGGCUAGCAGCUGAAAUGCCCUGUGAAGUGAUGGGACAUAGGAUUUUGGUUGUGUGCCAUCAAUUAAAGUUAGAACUAGACGUGGAGCCACUAUUCGCCUCAAUGGCGCUCUACGAUGCAAAAGAAAAGAAGAAGCUCUCGGAGAACUUCUACUUCAACCUGAACUCGGAAGCCACUCGUCAGAUGCUGUCAGCUCACGUGCCUCACGCCGACCUCUCCACGCUCAGCCGUAGUGCGGUGUUCGACAUCCUGAACCCUUCCCCCGAUGUGUUUCUGGUGGUUAGAGUGGAAAAGGUCCUGCAGGGGGAUGUCAAUGAAUGUGUCGAGCCGUAUAUCAAGGAUGAUAAGAACCGCGAGAAGGUGCGUGCGCAGGCGCAGGCGGCGUGCUCGCGCCUGGGCCGCUACCGCAUGCCGCUGGCGUGGAGCGCCGUGUCGCUGCUGCACAUCCUCAGCGGCUGCAGCAGCCUGGAGCGCGAGGCCGAGCCCGCGCCUGCGCCCGCGCCCGCCGCCGCGCCCGCCAACACCAACAGCCUGGACCGCAAGGCGUCGUCGUCCAGCCUGGAGCAGCUGCGGCGGCGCGCGGGCGAGGUGGGCGGCUCGCUGACGCGCAAGGGCAGCAUGGAGCGCCGCGCGCCGCCGCCCGACGAGCUGCACGCGCUGCUCGACUGCUUCAAGCCCAUCGUCAUCACUGUCACCAGCUUCUUUAAACAGGAGACUGAUAAACUGCGUGAUGAAGAUCUGUACAAGUUCCUAGCAGAAAUCAAGCGGCCGAGCUCCGCGCCUAAGAAACUCAAGUGUAUACCCGGCACUUUAAAAAUAGAGGUCUCUCCAUGUCCUGAUGAAAUCAAAAACGGUCUUACCCCAGAGCUGGCGAAACUAGCGCCGUAUAGUGCGGAGGAGAAGGUGCGGCCGUGCAAGGAGGUGCUGGCGUUCCCGCUGGCGGCGCCGGCGCUGCCGCACGCGCACUACCGCAACCUGCUGUACCUCAGCGUGCGCGAGCUCAACUUCGCCGCCUACGCCUCGCGCGUCGCCUCCGCCAGGAAUAUCACUGUACGGAUUCAAUUAAUGGCUGGUGAAGAGCAGUCGGCAGCUUUGCCUGCUAUAUUUGGAAGAAGCUCAUGCCCGGAGUUCAGCACUGAAGCGUACACCACUGUGCUCUAUCAUAAUAAGAACCCGUCGCUGUACGACGAGAUCAAGCUGAAGCUGCCGGCCGACCUCGGCGACCAGCACCACCUGCUGUUCACGUUCCUGCACGUGGCGUGCCAGCGCAAGCCCGUCGCGCCUGAGAUGGAGAAGAGCGUCGAGACUGUGCUCGGGUAUUCGUGGCUGCCGCUGUGCCGCAACGGCAAGCUGACGAGCGGCGAGUUCUCGCUGCCGGCGCUGCAGGAGCCGCCGCCGCCCAACUACUCGUACAUCUCGCCGGACGUGCAGCUGCCCGGCACGCGCUGGAUCGACAACCACCGCCCCGUGCUCACCGUCGCGCUCGAACCCCACACCACCGUGCACCCGCAGGAUAGCUAUAUAGAGCGGUUCGCGAUGGCGGUGGAGGCUGUGCAGGAAGGCAACAUCCCGCCCAGGAUCGGACUCGCCAACAUGGAGGCAGAGCUGCGCGCCAGCAUAGCGGAGCUGCCGACGGCCAACGUGGAGGCGCUGGCGCGCUACCUGCCGGUGCUGUGCGACAAGCUGCUGCAGCUGCUGGCGGCGCCGCCCGCGCUCGCCGGCGUCACGCUCAACAUCGCGCAGGACGUCUUCACCUGCCUCGCGCAUCUCUUCACCGAUAUUACUAACAUGAACGAGGGCGCCACGUGCGACGCGCACGGCCGCAGCAGCCUCAUCAGCACCUACAUCCAGUACCAGUGCCGCAUCCCGCGGCCCUCGCUCUCCGACAGGGACAUAGGCCUGCCGCUACCGCCGUCUGUUCUGACAGAUGGUUCCUGUAAGAUUCUGCACGAGGAAUUAGCUUUGCAGUGGGUGGUGGCCAGCGGCGCCACCAGGGACCUGGCCAUGCAGAACUCUUGGGCGCUGUUCGAGCUGAUGAUGAAGUCGAUGGUGGAGUACCUGUACUGGAGCGGCGCGCACGAGGCGCCGCGCAAGGCGCGCUUCCCCGACCAGUUCACCGACGACCUCAGCACGCUCGUCAACAACGUCACCGCCGAGAUCAUAUCCAAAUACGGCAAGAACGGCCGGCUGACGCAGAGCCUGAACAACAGCCUGGCGUUCUUCCUGUUCGAGCUGCUGAGCGUGGGCGACCGCGGCUACGCGCUGGCGCUGGUGCGCGGCUACCACAAGCAGAUGUGCGCCAAGAUCGCCUCGCUGCCCGACGCCGUGCCGCUCGUGCACUACAAGCUGUCGUUCCUGCGCAUAAUCUGCUCGCACGAGCACUACGUGUCGCUGUGCCUGCCGGCGGGCGCGGGCGGCGCGGCGUCCCCCGCGCCCUCCGCGCGCUCCGCCGGCUCCGAGGACGGCCGCCGCAAGGCCGCGUCGCUGUCCGGCGAGUUCCGCGCGCGCCACUACCUGGCCGGCCUGCUGCUGGCCGACCUCACCGCCGCGCUCGAACUGCAGAGCCCGGUGCUGCAGUGCGCGGCGGUGAACGCCGUGCUGUCGCUGCUGACGGCGCACGACGCGGACCCGCGGCUGGCGGGCGCGGAGGCGCGCGCGCGCGUGGCGGCGCUGUACCUGCCGCUGCUGGGCGUGCUCAUGGACGCGCAGCCGCAGCUCUACCGCGGCUUCGACGCCGGCAAAGAAACAUUACAACUGGACUGUGAGAUGAAUCAUUUCGGCAAUAUGUACGCGCCUUCGUCGCCAGAAGAUUUUAAACAGAACGGGCGUCCGCCGUUCAACAGCGAGACGUCGCGCAACCUGCUGAUGUGCCUGGUGUGGGUGCUGCGCUGGGCGGAGCGCGGCGCGCUGGCCGCCGCCGUGGCCGAGCUGCCGGCCGCGCGCCUGCACUGCCUGCUCGCGCUCAUUGACCUCUGCUUCAAGUGCCAGGAGUAUAAGGGUCGUAAAGAGAUAAUGAAGUGCGCGCAACAAAAUGUGCGUAAGACGACAGAUAUCAAGGCGAAGUUAGAGGACGUUAUUCUCGGACAGGGCUCUGCUCGCUCCGAUUUUAUUAUGCGGCGUAAAGGCGGGUCGAGCGGGCGCGGCGCGUGCCGCGAGCGCUGGCGCAAGGAGUGGGUGCGCGCGCCGCGCUCGCGGCCGGCGUCGCCCGCGCGCGCGGCGCCCGCGCUGGCGGCCGCGCUGGCGCACGAGGUGGCGCUCACGCUGCUGCACGCGCUCGAGGUCAUCGUGCAGACGUGCAGCGGGCUGGAGUGGGGGCAGGCGGCGUGCAGCGGCGCGCUGGGCGUGCUGCUGCGCGCGCUGCAGCGCAGCCAGAGCGCCGCCGUGCUGCAGCACAUGUUCGCCUCCGUGCGCGCGCUCAUACUCAAGCUGGGGUGGUCGUGGUGCUCGGAGGAGGCGGGCCCGGGCACGUGCCGCGUGCUGCUGCGCCACUGCGCCGCGCCGGGCGCCGCGCCGCGCGCGCACGCCGCCGCCGCGCUCUACGCGCUCAUGCGCCACCACUACCACCUCGGCAACAACUUCAGCCGCGUGAAGAUGCAAGUGACGAUGUCGCUGUCGUCGCUGGUGGGCACCUCCACCACCUUCAGCGAGGAGUCGCUGCGGCGCGCGCUCAAGACCGUGCUGCUGUACGCCGAGCACGACCAGGACCUGCAGGACACCAGCUUCCCGGAACAGGUGAAAGAUCUGGUGUUCAAUCUGCACAUGAUCCUGAGCGACACGGUGAAGAUGAAGGAGUUCCAGGAGGACCCGGAGAUGCUGCUGGACCUGAUGCACCGCAUCGCGCGCGGCUACCAGCACAGCCCCGACCUGCGCCUCACCUGGCUCAGCAACAUGGCGCAGAAGCAUAUGGAGCGCAACAACCACGUGGAGGCGGGCAUGUGCCUGGUGCACGGCGCGGCGCUGGCGGCGGAGCAGCUGCGCUGGCGCGGGCGCGGCGCGGCGCUGCUGGCGCGCGUCACGCACAACGCGCUGGACGAGAGCGCCGACCCGCUGCCGCACCACCUCACGCCGCACGAGCUGCAGGCGCUGCUGGAGCACGCGGCCGGCGAGCUGCUGGCCGCCGGCAUGUACGAGGCCGUCAACGAGGUCUACAAGGUGCUCAUACCCAUCGCCGAGGACAACAGGGAUUACAAGAAGCUCGCCAAUAUACACGGCAAGCUGAACGAGGCGUUCACGCGCAUCGAGCAGCUGCACGGCAAGCGCGUGUUCGGCUCCUACUUCCGCGUGUCCUUCUACGGCGCGCGCUUCGGCGACCUGGACGGCGAGGAGUUCGUGUACAAGGAGCACGCGCUCACCAAGCUGCCCGAGAUCUUCAGCCGCCUGGAGAACUUCUACGGACAACGUUUCGGUGCCGAGAACGUGGUGAUAAUCAAGGACUCGAACGUAGUGGACGUGAGCGCGCUGGAUCCCGACAAGGCGUACAUACAGAUCACGUACGUGGAGCCCUACUUCGAGCCGCACGAGCUGCGCACGCGCAUCACGCACUACGAGCGCAACUACAAUAUCAAGCGGUUCAUGUACGCGACGCCGUUCACGGCGGGCGGGCGCGCGCACGGCGAGCUGGGCGAGCAGUGCAAGCGCAAGACGCUGCUCACCACCGCGCACCACUUCCCCUACGUCAAGACGCGCAUACAGGUGGUGCAACGCACUCAAAUUAUCUUGACUCCCAUCGAGGUGGCAAUCGAGGAUAUACAGAAGAAGAUCAACGAGCUAGCUGCGGCGACCAGCCAGGAGCCGCCCGACCCCAAGAUGCUGCAGAUGGUGCUGCAGGGCUGCAUCGGCACCACCGUCAACCAGGGGCCGCUGGAACUGGCGCAGGUGUUCCUGGCGCCGGUGGUCGCGGGUUCGCAGCCGCCCACGCGCCUCACUAACAAGCUGCGACUGGCCUUCAAGGACUUCUCUAAGAAAUGCCACGAUGCGUUGAAGAAGAACAAGAACCUGAUAAGCUCGGAGCAGCGCGAGUACCAGCGCGAGCUGGAGCGCAACUUCGCGCGCUUCACGGAGCGCCUCGCGCCGCUCAUACACGCCACGCCCUCGCACGUCGCGCACCUCACGAACGGCUUGAGCAAAGGAGAUUAUAAGUACCAAGCU